CCCACGCGCAAGGACGUGUGCAUGCAACGUCAUUGAGGGAAAGCAGAGCAGAAGAGCGAAACAUGGCGACAUCAAACAAUCCGCGGAAAUUUAGCGAGAAAAUCGCUUUACAUAAUCAGAAGCAGGCAGAGGAGACCGCAGCAUUCGAGGAAGUGAUGAAAGAUUUGAGUAUUACCCGAGCAGCGAGGUUACAGUUACAGAAGACCCAGUAUUUACAGCUGGGACAAAACCGUGGGCAGUACUAUGGCGGAUCAUUGCCAAAUGUCAAUCAGAUUGGAAAUGGCACCAUUGACAUGCCUUUUCAGACUCCCUUUCAAGGUUCAGGUGACACUAGCAGGACAACACGGCAUCAUGGAUUGGUUGACAGAGUUUACCGGGACAGAAACCGCAUCACGUCCCCACAUGGAAGGCCCCUCGACAAACAUGGACGCCAAAUUGAUAGCUGUCCAUACGGUUCAGUGUAUCUGUCACCCCCACCUGACACCAGUUGGAGGAGGACUAACUCGGACUCUGCGUUGCAUCAAAGCACCUUGAACCCACAGGACAUUUUCGCGGGAGGCUCACAGGACAUGCAGCCUAAACGAGUGCUUCUGCUUCAUGUACCAAGGCCAGAAGACACAGAAUCAGAUAUGGACAAAGACGAACAAAAACAGAACUGGGAUGGGAAAAAGAAUGCUUCAUCAAGGUCCAAGGUCCCAGGAAUCAAUAUAUUCCCGUCUCCGGAUCAGGAUCUGACCGCGACACUGAUGCCAUCAGCCCACGACACGGGCGGUGGCUCCCUGCCUGAUCUGACCAACAUCCAGUUCCCCCCUCCGCUGCCCACCCCCCUGGACCCCGAAGACUCCACCCUCAGCGCCUCCAACAGCACGGGAAACCUGGCCCCCAGCCACUCACACAGUUUCAGUUCCACCAGCCAAGGUGACCUCUGUCCUCCACCUUCCAGAACAAUAGAUAUACAGAGCAGGCAGGACAACAUGGUCAACCAGGACUCCCACCAGCACCACUCCCUACAGCUCUCCCCCACCCUGUCGCCACCGCUCACCCUCGCCCAGGCGGAGACCAUAGAUGCCAUGACUCUGGAAGCGCAGAUGUCCCAGUAUGCGUUCUUCAGCCAGUCCUCCUCUCAGCAGCAGCAACAGCAGCAGACCACUCAAGGACUGACCAGGCUGGUCCAGCUCCCCUCCCCUCUGAACACCUCCUCCAUCCAGACACAGAACUCCAUGGAUAUGAACUCGCACAACUCCAUAUUGGGAAGUGUAUUUGCAGACUUCUAUGACCAGCAACUCGCAUCCAGACAGACCAGUGCUCUCUCCCAACAGCUGGAGCAGUUCAACAUGAUCGACAACAAUAGUCUGUACAGACAGGGCUCAACCCUCAACUACUCCCAAGCAGCCAUGAUGGGUUUGACGGGAAGCCACGGCAACCUGCAAGACUCCCAGCAGCUGGGCUACAGUAGCCAUGGCAACAUCCCCAACAUCAUUCUCACAGCCACAGGAGAGUCUCCACCCAGACUGUCCAAGGGGUUGUCUUCUAGCUCUCUGUCAGCUGACAUCAGCUUCGAUGCGGACUCUCAGUUUCCCCUAGACGAGCUGAAGAUCGACCCGCUGACCCUGGACGGGCUGCACAUGCUCAAUGACCCUGACAUGGUCCUCACUGACCCUGCCACUGAAGACGCCUUUCGGAUGGACCGGCUGUAGAGCUGCUGCCAAAGUCACCGACUGUGUCGGUGAAACCCGGCCUGAGGGGUUGAGGGCUUGUGUCUGAGGGGAGAGGGCUACUUUUGGGGUGUGGGAGCCCAAGGCGAGGCCCCAGCUGUGAAGUGUGUUCAUCCCACCUCCCUUCACCAGCAGCCCCUUUCUAAGAGCUAUGGGAUAGUGAGGUAGUAGGGAAAUUAGUUUGUCAAGAAAUGGUCGACACAGUUUGCUUUCUCUCUUCAGAAUGGGAAAGAUGGAUGGCAACGUUGUCAUGUCUGGUGGAUAUUGAGCUUAUGGUCCUGCUGUGACUAGUUUGUGCUUACCUUUCUUCAUCCCUUAACUUUUUUUUUUUUUUCUUUUUUUUUUACACAUGCAUCCU